UAUAAACUGUGUCUGUCUUUGAGUCCAGAGAGAGUUUUUGUUUUCCCAUCUAUUCGGAUUCUUACACACCUGUCCAGAUCACGCAGGAAGUAUUAUAGUCCUUCCCAUGAGUAAUUCUACUUCAUUUCUUAAUUCCUUCAUUUUCCAAUCAUCCGCCAGGGGACGAAGCAGAAAACUAAGCUGGUCACUGUCCCGUUUGGCUGCUUGCAUUGUAAAUGAAAGUGCAGAAUAAUGUCAGGGCUCUGUUUCUAGCUGGAGAAAGACGCUGGUAUGUGAAUGUGACUAUCACAGUGAAGAUGGACUACCAGGAACUUCACAGCCAGGACAGAGGACUUCUGAACCACACGCGGCUCUUGCACUCAGUAGUGACUGGGGCUGUGGACUCUCCAGCUCUCUCUGUGCACCACGUUCACUCGUACUCUCCCAGCCCCUUCCUGACCGCCUCCCAGCUGCUGGUCGGAGCGGGCCGGCCCAUCUCGGUGCGCGACCUCGCCGCCCUGCUGCAGCUCAUCGUCCAGCGCGUCGAGGAGGUGUCCGCCGUGGACGUGCGAGAUGUAGAUGAAUGUGCCCAUGAAGAACUCUAUAGCUGUCCCCCAGCUGCAAAUUGCCUCAACACUGAGGGAUCCUAUAACUGUUCAUGUCACGAAGGAUUUACAGAUUCAAGCCCCAACGGGACAGUCACAGGUUGUUUAGGUCCCUCUCAUAGUGCGGAUCCCACAGAAGAAACAACACCGUCCUUCACAAGUAGUACAAUGAUGUCAUGGACACACAACUAUUCUUCUGAUGCUUCGGCUACAGAUACGCUGUUACAAAACAGCACUGCGAGUGAGACACACUAUAAUAGCAGUACAGAUCCACCAUCCCCAGCGACAUCGCAACAGAAGGGCGACUGGGCCACGGUGCUGCUGGUCACUUCAAGACCCGUGCUUCCGACACAGAGCCCCUGGACCAACCUGACCACGGUCUCGGAGUCGCGGUCCAGCAGCACAGUCUCUCUCUGGAACGUCACAGAGACUCCAGACAGACCCAGUCCCUUCACUGCUUCUUCACCCUCUGGAGGCAUCAGUCCCACCUCCACAGCCGCAGGGGGCGGCUCAGGCAAGUCUGCCGAGGCCCUGCUGACGACCAGCACGCAAGCAGACUCUGUGAAAAGUACCAUUUCUCCAGGUGCCAGUUCUGUGGUCAUUCAUUCCACAUCAUUAACGGAGCCACCCUGGAGCACAACUACUCCGCAGGCCUCAUACCAUUUACAGCACCCCACAACUGCAUCGUACCCCAGCACCACUGCGCCUCUCACCAUGGAGUCCCAGACAGCAUUGGCCCGCAAUUGCCACCCAGCCCUCAUUAAAAACCUGGUGGUCCUCAAUGUCACGGGCUCCAGUUUCUACAUGCGGUGGUCUGUGGAUUCCCCCGUGGGCAGGCAGGCCUAUGUCGUUCAGCUGCUCAGAGGCACGCAGAGCGUGGACAGAGCUGAGACUGAGCUUCUCAGCUGGGAGGCCACAGGACUGGAGCCUGGCGUGCUCUACACUGUCAGGGUCACCUCCAGGGCCUGCGGACAGGAAGGCAAUGCCACCUCUCAGGACGUCAAGACAGAGGGAAAAGCGCUCAGAGGAAGAUCCCGGCUAACGAACGUGCAGUUUACAGAGGCCUUACGAAACAGCAGCAGUGGAGAGUAUUUAAAUCUGACGCGGGACAUUUGGAUGGAGAUCUGUAAGUCUCUCCCGCCAGACGUCCGAGCCCUGGUGGAGUUGAGGGCCGUGAGCAUUGUCAUCACCCGCCUGAGCAGCGGGAGCGUGAUGGUGGACUUCCUCGUGCUCUUCUCGCCAGGCCUAGCCCAGAACAUGACCGCCGUGUCCACAGCUAUCCUGGAUUCCCUGAAGAACAGCACGCGAUACGACGUCGACCGCAACAGCACGGGCCUCGAGGAUUUCGACGAGUGUGCGGCAGGGGACGAGGACUGCUCUCCUCACGCCGUGUGUGAGAACACCUGGGGGUCCUUCAGAUGUGCCUGCAGGAGCGCCUUCACAGAUACCAACCCUGCGAGGCCCGGGCGCAGCUGUGAAGAUGUCAAUGAGUGUGAAAGUGGCAGCAACACCUGCAGCCCUCAUGCAGUUUGCCAGAACACCGUUGGGGGAUACAGCUGUUCCUGUCAGCCCGGAUUCAACGACACAGACCCCAGUCAGCCGGGCCGGCACUGUGCAGACGUAAACGAAUGUGAAUCGGGCAACAACAUGUGCCACCAAAGCGCCGCCUGUCAGAACACUGUGGGGGGCUACAUCUGCGCCUGCAGACCCGGCUUCGCUGACGCAGACCCGAGCCAGCCUGGCAGGCUCUGUGCAGCUGUGGCGACUGAGAAAACUGUGACGUCCAGCAUCUCCAUUUCGGAGACCUCGAAGACCCCCACAGCAGUUGCGCCCCCUCUCCUACACACAAACCCUACGUCCUGGGCUCUGGUGGAUGUGGAUAAUGCCAUCACUGUUGAUUGCCGGCUGUAUGAAAUCUCAGUCACGGUUUCGAAGGCCUUUCUCACCUGGAAGUCCAUCGCAGAGAGCUCCCUGUUCUUGGGAGUGACGGAGUGUGGCCUGAGCAGCACCAACGAAACUCAUGUGAAGCUCACAGCCAUGUGGGAUAAUUGUGACACGAAGCUUGUGCAUAAUCGGACCCACACUACGGCCUGGACAACGUUGCUCAACAAUCGCACUGUGGAUUCAUCCAUUGCCCCCAGGGUGUACAUCGAAAUCCCAGUCAAGUGCACCUACAGCAACAGUUUGCUCAUCUCCACCGGCUACACCCCCACAGGGGUUGACAUGAUCAAGGAUAUCAUUGAAGGAUCAGGGAUCUUCUUGGCUACCAUCCAACUGCUGAAUGGAACGUCUCCGCUCCCCAAAAAUUACUCCCUGUCUCCAGACGAUGAAGUCUUCAUUGAAGUGGGAAUCAAUUUGACGAUGACCCAGGUCAAGCUCAUCCUCAACGAGUGCUGGGCUACCCCCACCAGCAGCCCAUCUGACCCUACAACUCACAUGUUCAUGAAAAACAGCUGUCCCAUUCCCAACACUUACACCACAGUAAUAGAGAAUGGGAAUUCCACUAAAGCCCGUCUGUCCCUGCGCAUAUUCUCCUUCGUCGACCACAGCGUCAUCUACCUGCACUGUCAAGUCCAGAUCUGUAUCGAGACUGCAGGAACCUCCUGCAAACCGCAUUGUGAACAGCGGUCAGAGAGGUCUAUUAAAGCUGUUGAAAUUGGCCAAGCCUCAUGGGGACCCAUCUACAGGUCUUCACAUGCGGUGACCAAGGAGACGCCGAACUCCCAGCGGGAGACAGGAUUCAUUGUCCUGGGGGUCCUCCUGUGUCUUCUGCUCCUUGUGACCCUGACAGUUGUGGCCUUAUUUUACAGGAAGCGGAUCGGCCACUACAACUUCAGCUUCAAACCCAAUCAGGAGAACUUCACCUAUCAUGUCUUCGAUACUUAACCUACCUGUCCACAACUCCAGCAUUCAUUCCAGCAUGAGUAUCUGGACAUACAGUAGCUAAGGGUUUUAACUUCAGUACGUCAUGCAUUUGGUACCAAACUAUCAACAAAUUACCAAACAGAUAUUCUGCAUUAUGAAGUUUAUUUAGGUAUGUUGAGCCGAUGAUUGUUUUUUAAGGUUGUGAUUCUCUUUCGAUAGUUGUAGUCACAUUAUAAACAACGUAGUUUUAGAAUAAAACUGUGGAGUGACUUAGGAGACCUCUUUUAAAGUCAAAGAGUUAUAUUUCCAAAACGGUCUAAGGAAUUUUAAUCCACUUCUGUUUAUAUUUUGAUCAUUAUGAAACUUAGACCUCAGCUUUGUAAAUGACUUUACUGUCCAUUGUUAAUUAUU